AUGGGAAGUGCAGUGCAGUACAAGAUGUUCCUUGUUAUUCUGCUGCUUACAAUCGUUAUGUUGGAAAUCACAAACGUACAAAAAGUUGUUUGUGUGGAUGCUAGCCAAGAAUGUAAUGGCACCAACAGCAGCAUAGGUGGCUGCCUGGCAGAUGCCGAUGAAUUCAUGAUGGAAUCAGAAACAAACGCUAUGCUUCUUGCUAAUGUCAAAAGGAUAAGCAAUCGAGCCCUUCAGAAACCACAGUUAUGUCGCGCAGCUAUUUAUGGUAAUUGCAUCAGUAACCCGAAAAAUCCACCUAAGCGACCCUGCAACUUCGAAAAUCGCUGCAAACGAGCUCACAUCUACUGGUAUGAGCUAGAGUAUAUUUAAUAACACCAAGAGAUAAGAGGCCUCCAAAAAUAAACAACCACCUGAGUGAUGGGAAGACAAGCGUACAGUACUACGUUACUCCUCCUGCUGCUAACGGCCGUCUUGGUAAAUCUGAAGAAAGUUUCGUGUGGGAGUAGUAGCCAAUUAGAAUGCAAUGGCACCACCAGCAUAGGCGAUGGCAAUGACGAUGAAUUCCUGAUGGAAUCGGAAACUAGCACAAGGAUUCUGCAAGCUAAUAACGGAAAAAGGAGACUAGUCUACCCUGCACUUCAAAGGCCACCGAUAUGUAAUGCAAGGGCUUACGCUAGUUGUAUUUUUGUACGGGUCAAUAAGAAACAGCGACCUUGCAACAACUGGAAUCGCUGCAAACAUUUUCCCAAAUGAUCCAUAUGAUAACUCUGCUUUACAAGUAGAUCUCCAAGCGUCAGCCAGUUCUUUUCUUACUGUUUCUCUUCUUGAAGCAACUUCGUAUUGUAACAUGUUGUACUACUGGUAUUUAUUUGUGUCAAUGUCUCUGUAAGUAUUAAAUGUGUUAUUUUAGCAAACCAAUGGUGAUGUAUUGGAUGAUUAUCACAGCGUGUAAUUAAUCUCUCAUCUUCUCAA